AUGUGGACAUUACUCAUCGCUUUGUCAGUCUAUCCAGUUACUCGUGCCGAUGUAACAGUCACAGUAACGGCACCACAGGGAGUUCAAGUUGGUCAGCAGGCCAUCAUCAGCUGUGUCAUUGAUCCUGAUCAGCAGGCUGCAGUGACCUGGACUAAAGGUGGUCCUCCUGCGGCAGAUGGUAGUACAACUGUACUGGUGCAUAAUCAGGGAAUCAGUGAUGGCCGUUAUAACGAGUACAGCGACAGAGACAUCGACAUUGAGGGUCGGGCAAGUCUGCGGAUACAGACCACCAGACUGAGUGACAGAGGAGAGUUUUUCUGUGCAGUUUUUGUGAUCCAAGCAGGACAACCUGUCCAACUGCCUCCACAAUCUGCCGUCUUGUCUGUCUCAGCCCCCACCGGGUCCCCGACCAUCUCCCCCCCUGGGACCCCCAGUACGGAGUCCCCCCUGACCCUGACCUGCACCACGGCCGGAGGCUACCCCCCUGCCACCAUCAGCUGGUACCGAGGUCAGGAGGACAGGACUGCGGAGGCUGAGCAGCAGACUGACGUGGAACAGUCUGAUGGCAGUGUGACGUCAUCACGACAGUACAUCUUCACUCCGACUAAAGACGACAGCGGCGUGUCCUACAGAUGUGUCGUCAGUCAGACUGUGCUGCAGAGUAACCUGGAGGCACAGACCACUUUCAAUGUCAGAUACCCAGCAGAAAUCAGCCCCACCCCUCCGGCGACCACCACAGUCAUAGCCGGCCAGUCUGCCCUUUUCUCCUGCCCUGCUGACGGCAACCCCGACACGUUUAUCUUCACCUGGAAGGAGGGAGGGAGGACCAUUAACACUGAUGCUGAGGACCAGUUCAGUCAGAACGGCGGUGUGCUGACCAUCAGUGCUGUACGGAGGAACCAGCAUGACACGGUUUUCUUAUGUGACGUCACCAACAACAUUGGCAGUGCGGACACGGCGUCUACAACACUGGAUGUGCAAUACCCCCCAGACGUGUCGGCUCCUGUGACUGUGACAGUAGAGGAGAACCAUGACCUGGUUGCCGAGUGUACUGUCACGGCUAACCCUGCUGUCACCAGUGUGGAGUGGAAGAAACAGGGCAGCACCUCAGCUGUGUCCAACAGCGCUACGCUGUCCAUCACAAGGAUCCAGAGGGGGGCAGCUGGUACCUACGUGUGUACAGCACGUAACAUGCUGCAUGAUGACAGCAUUGGAACUGGGACAGCGUCGACUGUUGUCAUUGUGCAGUAUGCACCGUCCAAACCCAGCCUGACCAUCGCCCCCAGCCCAGUAGUGGAGAACCAAACUGUGACCCUGACCUGCCGGUCUACCAGCGCUGUGCCCGACCCAACCUACACGUGGAAGUUCACAGCACAGGGACAGUCUGAACAGGACGUGGACUUUGGGACAACAGCUGACAGCGGAGGGACACUGACCAUAACCAAUGUCCAGCGUGCACGAGCUGGACAGUACAGAUGCACAGCCACUAAUGUGGUGGGGUCAACAGACAGUGACGCAACAGAGCUGGUGGUCAACUUCCCGCCAGAAGGAGUGAGUAUCACACCUGAACCACAAGAAGUGGAACUAGGAGACAACAUCACACUCGACUGUUCAGUCACGGCUGCCAACCCAGCAGUUCAAGAGUACUCCUGGUCUAAAUCUGUGGGAUCCCUGCCUGCUGGUGCCCAGGGUUCAACUACAAACCAGCUGCAGAUCACUGGUCUAACAAGACAAGACAGCGGCACCUACAUCUGCACAGCCUCAAACGGUCUUUCCUCUUCCGGAAAUGCCACAUACCCGUUGUUUGUGCAAUAUCUUGAUCAGCCCACAAUAACAUCCAACCCGGGUGGCUCUGGCCAAACUUCUCACACAACCACGGAAGGACAGAGUCUGUCACUAGAGUGCACAGCACAAUCCUACCCUAAUGCUACUGUCGUGUGGACCAGACCGGACGGUACAACACAGGAGGGCAGUGUUCUGAACCUGGGACAAGUCAACAGGACUGAAGCAGGGACUUACAACUGUACAGCAUCAAACACCAUCAAAGGGACACAGCGGUCCAACCAUGCCAGUCUUGUCAUCAUUCUCAACUAUCCACCGUCAGUGGUCAGCUUUAAAGCUGACCCCAACCCAGUAGAUGAGAACAGCCCAGUCACCCUGAACUGUACCGUGGACAGCAACCCUGAACCGACUUCUGUCAGCAUAGUGAGGGUGGGGGCAGGGUCUGUAGGUUACGUCACACAGGCCACAGGACAGGGCGGAACUUUCUCUCACACCUUACAGACUGUGAGCUACACGGACACAGGAACAUACAGAUGUCAGGCUGCCAACGGGGUCGGGGAGGCUGCUUCACGGGACCUGGAGCUUUUGGUUAACUACAUCCCUGUGUUUGUUGGAGUUCGAGACAAAUACGCCGCUGCAAAAGGCGACCCGGUGACCCUGACAUGUAACGUCACAGCCUACCCAACACCUGUGACGUUCAGCUGGACUAAGGACGGUGGGAGUGUUCCAGGCUGGGCUACCAUCACAAAUUACAGCCUGGGCAGCACACUGAGCUACACAGCAGUGACAAAGACUGACUACGGAUUCUACAACUGUACAGCUAGGAACAUCAUGGGCAGCAAUAGUACUGACAUUCAGCUGGCAGCUGAAAGUGCCCCUGAGCCCUCAACAGACCUGACAGUGACCAUGAAGAACUCCAGCCAUUAUGUGACUGUAGAGUGGACAGCGGGGUUUAACGGUGGGCGGGACACAACACACACAGUACAGUACAGGACAGACGCAGGGGCGUGGCAAAAUGGACCUCAGGAACUAGAAUCGGCGAGUGACGACCAUCCUCAGUUCAGUGUAACCUUCCAGCUCCCAGAGAAGGAAAUAUACGACAUCCGGGUCAGAGCUACCAAUGGGAUAGAGCCUACAGCAUCUAAUGUGCCUUACUCUAAUGUGGUGUCUGUGACUAUAGAAGAUGCAAAGAUCUUAUUUGGGUCCCUCCCCCUCACAAGUGAGACGUUCAGCGAUGAGCUGAAGAAUCUUCAGUCAACAUCUGCAGUCCGGCUGACAAAUAGAAUCAUCAAUGAGCUGAAUGAUGUUUUUGUGGACAUUCUUGGCUAUGAGACAUCGACCGUCACUGGAUACAGUCAAGGCAGUGUGGUGGCAGCUUUCCAGUCAAUAGUGGGAGAAUCCGAGUCAGAAUCAGCCCAGAAGGCCUUUACUGACAGCCUUACUGAUAACCAGUUGGGAAGCUGGACUGUGGACAGCAGUAAGGCCAGCAUUGGGGAAAAUCCUUCUACUGGUGAGGCUCUGAACUGCAAAAUAUAUGUACAGCUCUAUUGA